CCCCACCAGCCAGGCCACCUCGCCGGUACCGCCGCCCCCACCUUUGUAGGCGACCUCGUCGGCACAUCCGUCCUCACUGGUCAACGCUGGAUCAGUUCAUGGUUGUUUCAGUUGCGGGGCAUGUGAUUGGUAGGCUACCUAGGGAUUGUUCUGUGAGAAUCAAUCAGCCUCGAUGGAUAAUUCUCGCAACAAACUAUGGCAAGCUGAGCAUUAUUCUGGGAUAUGUCUCACGGUUGUCCUUGGUCUUUUCACAGAUUAAGAGCCCAGAGGUUCAUGUGUUUAUUUUUCCAGCUCCACUGAUUUCAUAUGUAGCACGCUAUAACAUGGUGAAGGAACACUAUCAGUUACAGAAGAAAGGAAGAAUGCUGAUUCGAGAAAAUGAUAAGAGGAAGAAUUCAAUGGAAGAGUUUGUGAUGGACAUGAUGCAAGUGGAGCCGUGGCCAGAUGGUUUAUCCAGCAAUGGAGGGAUUGUACCCUACAAAAUUUGUCUCUUGGGGUUCGCCAACGGGAUCCCUGUGUCCAGCCUGAGCCAGAGUUCAGCCACCGAUGUCGGAGGUUGUGCAGUAGCUGGCCUGUCGUGUAGAGAUCAGGCGUGAGGCCGGUGCUUGGUGGCGGCAGCGAUUAUCUCUGGCACGAGGAUUCCAGUAGCUAUUUUUUCUAGGAGAAGAAGUCCAUUUCCUACAAACAUUUUCAGUCUGAGGAGAGGUACAGAACAACUUACAAGUAUUGCAGCUUAUUUGGUUUUCAGUAUAAAUAAAAACUGUGUACUGUCAUUUCCAGUUCGCUAGGUGUGUCUACUUUUCCUUGUUCUUUCGUAGGAGUAA